AUGAACGAUUCAGAAAUUUUAGUAGAAAAAAAAAAAAAUAGUAAUAAAAAUUUUGGAAGUAGCUAUGAAAUAUGUGAUGAUGAUAAAAUUCAGGAGUUUUACAAAACAGAAUUUAUUGAUAGUUCAAAUGAAGAAUUUCUUCCUAAUCAAAGUUUCUUAAAAAAUAAAGAAUACUCCAAAUAUCUUAAAAAAAAAAAAGAAAAUUAUGAAAAUAAACUAAAAAUGGAGAAAGAGUUAUUAUUUCAAAAUGAAAUGUUAAAAAAUAUACUAAAUACUUCUCAAAAAAUGAAAGAAAUGCAAAAACAAUUGUUCAAUGUUGAUGUACAUAAUUUUGUCCCUACAUUACCACCAGAGUCAAGAAACUCUUACUCAAUACAAAGGGAGUAUCCGCUAAUAUAUAACAAAGAGAAGGGAUGUCAUGAAUCUAAUAAUUACAAUAGUAGUAAAAAUAUAAAUCAUAAUAAUUACGAAUGUGAAAUUAAUAUGGCUACAAAUGAAGAUAUCCCAAAUAAUUAUUUAGCUGAAAAUAAGGAAAAAUAUUCUAAAUCAAAUUUAAUUUCCCAUCCACCACGAAUUGGAGAAAUUAAAGUCAAUAUAGAUGAUAUAAAAAAGGGAUUAUUAACAUAUUAUUCACAUAUUUAUUCUCUAGAUCAAUAUGAUAUAGAAGAUAGAAUAAACAUUCUAAGAUAUGGCGAAAAAAAUAUUUCAGAUUCUAUUAAUAUAAAAUAUUCUUAUUUAAAUAAAGGUAUAUCCAACAAUCCACCAUUCAUUUAUUAUAACUCUGAAUUAAAUAAUCCUUACUCAUUUUCUUAUCAAAAUAUGCCCCCUGAAUAUUAUUAUAGCUAUCAGUCUAAUGAAAAUAAAAAAUAUUUAAAAGAUAAUAUGGUAAAGUAUGAAAAAAAUUAUUAUUUAGAAAAAACAGACCAUGAAAAAAGAAAUGUUUCUGAAAACAAUUUUGAUCAUCAAGGACAAUUUUCAGAAUUGUUAAAUAGUUUAAAAAAUAAAUGUGAAGAUGCAAAAUUUCGAAUUCAACAUUUAUCAUCAAAAUUUAAUGAAAAAUAUGAAAAUCCUGAUAACCGAUUUUGGGUACAUAAUCUUGUCCCACCGCAUUUAAGGAAACCAGUGUUAAAUGAUGAAGAUGAUAUAAGAAAACAUUUAGUUACAGUAUAUGCACAAUUGUUUAAUGAAGCAAUGUUAAACAAAAAAAAAAUAAAAGCUCUUGAAAAAAAAUUACAUAUAUUAAAAUUAAAAUCUAAUAUUUACAAAAAUCAAUAUAAAAUCGAAACAAGAAACGCCUUAUAA